AAUUUGCCCGCGAGAUAAGCUUCAGGGCAAGAGUGAUAGAAAUUCAAUAAAUUUAAUUUAUUGACUAUUUCUUCAGCAACAAAGAACGUUCAGAUGUUUCGUAGAGGACGCUGCAGUUUCGAAACUGACGAUGAAUGUACAUUUACCUAACUUUACUGUUAAACGUCAACCUAAAAAGUUGUAAAUGUAUAAAUUAUAGCUGUUCGAAACAAAAACCGAUUUUUGAACAUGAUUUACAUAUAAAGUUAUUUAUAAAUUUUAAGUAAAAAUAUGCAGUAAAUUAUAAUGAACACUGCAACAUUUUGAUAAUACGUCAAAUUAGCUAAAGUUUGACCUAUUUUUCUUCAGUGACUAGUGCAUUCAACUACCAGCUGCUUCUGAGUACAGAUCAUGCUACAAGAACAUAUUUGAAUCAAACAUCGAUCAUGCCAGAUAGGUCAAUAUGAAUGAAAUAUUUCAUGGGAAUCAAGAAUUUUAUUUAAAAUGAUAGUUUAUAGGAAUCAAAAAAUGGACAAUGAUGAGGAACAAAAAUGCAACAUUAAUGAACCUGGUACAUCUGCACCUUUAGAUUGUCAAUCUAAUUCUAAUCCUGAUAUAGAGGAAGAAAAUUCAAAGGGGCAGAAGAUAUCAAAUUUUAUGAUAGGGGGUUUAGUAGGAGCAUCCCCGCCAAAAUUUGUUACUCUUGAGGAAAUUAUAAAAGCUGCAAAUGGCAUGAAAAACAUGGCAUUGGCGCACGAAAUUGCGGUGGACAAAAAUUUUCAGUUACAAAAGCUUGAACCAGAUGAUGGUACAUUUCACAGAAAAGUAAAAGAGAUUAUGCAUAAAGCAUUUUGGAACUUAUUAGCUGAACAACUAGCUGAAGAUCCUCCAAAUUACACACAAGCAUUGGUCUUAUUACAAGAAAUUAAAGAGACAUUAGAUGAAUUAGUGUUGCCACAUCAUGCGAAAAUUCGAGAAAACUUAAAAGAAGUACUUGAUAUAGAUCUAAUCAAACAACAAGCAGAAAAGGGUGUUUUAGAUUUUCAUCAUUAUGCGCAAUACGUAAUUUCAAUAAUGAGUAAAGUUUGUGCACCGGUAAGAGACGAAAAGAUUAGAGAACUCGGUCAAAAGACAGAUGUUAUUGAAAUAUUUCGAGGCAUAAUGGACGUAUUACAAUUAAUGCGACUUGAUUUAGCGAAUUUCACUAUCACCAUGAUGAGACCAAAUAUAGUUGCUUCUAGUAUCGAAUACGAGAAAGCAAAAUUUGCUGAAUUUUUAAAAAUUAAUGGCAACGGUUUGCAAUACACUGAAAAAUGGAUAUUGAGUCAUUUUGAUCCAACAAAAGUUACAGGCAGUUCAUCUGAUAUUAAUGCUGUACGGCAGCUUACACAUUCUCUUUUAACCGAAGCAUAUCUUGAUCUUCUAGAGUGGGAUUUUAAUCCAGAUGCAGAAACUUUAAUGCUGGACCAGGGUCGAUUAUUAGAGUUACGUGAUAAGACCAGCAGAUUAAGCAUUAUAGGAUCGGCAAUAUUACUGGUAAACAACACAGUGGGUUCACCGAUUCAUGGAGUGUCGAGUUUGAAAAAUGAAAUUAAACAACAUCUUAACAUACUGUUGGAUUCUGUACAUUCAAAUAAGGAUUUGCAAACCGUAAUGCCGAAUGUUUUAUUGCAAAUUAAAACGGACUUGAAAACAACAUUGCAAGAAAUUGGUGCUGAACCUUUAUCUCCAGAAAUGGAGACGUUAUUAGAAGGACAAAUAUUAGAUCUUAUUAACCCAGAUCAUAAAAUCAGACACCUUAUAAGCUUGAGAAUUCGGCAAUUUUUGCAAAAAAUAAUACUUUCCCAAUCUGCUGCUCCCCAGCAUGUACCACCAGGACUUUCAUCGCUUCAAGAAGAAUUAACAGCCAUAGCGGCUCAGUUUUUAAUACUUAUUUCCCAUAACCGAAGCGUAUUCGGAGAAUAUUAUCAAGAAAUUGUUACCAAUGCACUUCAUAAAAAAGAAAUGGAGGACAAUAAAGAUACAAGCGGAGUUCAUACCAUGGAAUUAUAAAAAAAAAGUUGAAAUCUUUAACUGAUCAUUACGAGGAAAGCAUGUUACGUGUUCAUUAAAUAGUACAUUAAUUAAACCAUAAGUGCUGUAUAUACAUACAUAUAUUUUAAAACAACAAUUUUUAUUUGUUUGCACAAGUUAAAUUUUGUAACGAAACAGAAAAGGUGUAUUAAAAAUACAUAAACAAGAAUGUUAUGUAGGAAUGGUUCUAAUACUGACAUAAAUUACAUACGAUAUAAUUAAUUACUUGGGUAAAAAUACCUGAAAAAAACAUAUAUUUAUAAAAUAUAUAAAUAGUAAUUGAUUUAUUUUUAGUUAUGUAAGCAUUAUUUCAUACAUACGUUAACUAUAAUUCAACUUUCGCUAACUAGUGUUAUAAUUUGUUACGACUUAUUUUCUAUAUUUGGUGCUUUAAAACAUUCUUUUUAUAAAAUAUGAUACUCAAUGCAAUAUUGAAAACUCAGAUGUAAUAUAUACUUGUAUAUAAAUAUGAAAAUUAAAACAAUUUCUACUAAAAGUUAAUUAUAUUUAUAAAAUGAACUAAAUUUAUUUUAUGAGAUUGUAUCCGAGUGCUGCAGCCAAGCACUAAAAAUACAAAAAUUUGCAAUAGUAUCUCCUAUAUACAAAAUGUUCGAUAAUAGGUGGGAGAAAAUUUGAGAAGUGAUUCAAAGAUCAAAACAAGGUGAAAAUAAAAAAUGACAUAAUAGCAUUUACGGCUUCGUUUAAAAAAUUAAAAUGUAAAGCGCCUGAAAACGGCAACCUGCACAACACCGCGCAGGGCCGCGCAAGCGCAGUGAGGCGCAGUCGUGAUUAUUAGAAAUUAAUGAUCACAAAUACGACCACUUGAGUAUGUACUACUAAGAAGUUAUUCUAAAUGAAUUCUGUCCAAUUCUACAAAUUUUUGGAUGCCUAAUAAACGAUACAGCAUAUAAGCAAUAAUAUUUGCAAUUGUAACGUAUUGUAUUAUUGGAAAGUAUGUCAUUAAACCUACUUUACUUGGUACUAUACCCAAAACUUUAUAAAAAACGGUAUAGCGGAUAUCAAAAGAGUUAAAAAAAAUUUUAACUUGCUACAUAGCGUUAUUCUGGUGUUUAAUUAAUAAAGUAGCGCAGAGUGCUCUAUCAAGAGCUUAAAAUGAACUCGAGAUUCUUAUCAGCGAUAUCGAUGAUCAGAGUGGAUAAACGAAAAGCUGUCAGUAAGUGGUCACAAUGAUUAUCGAGAGAAUAGCAGACGUAGCACGUUUCUAAAAUUGUCUCCCGUAUCGUUACUAGUUCGUGCACAAAUUUUCAACUACCUUUUUUCUUAUUAAUCAUCGCCAUCGCAAAUUCAUUUUUGCGUGAACCCAAAUCAAAGAGUUUGAACAAUUAAUAAAGUGAUCAGAUAAAACUAAUCUGUAUACGUGGAUCGUUUCCACGUUUUUGUAAACCGGAUAUAUGCAGAGAAUAAUGAAGGGAUAACCGGAAAAUUACAUUACACUGUGACGAUUCGUGCAAAAAUACUGUUGGAUUAUUAAUAUUGUAAUAAUAGGUAUU